AUGGCGUGCACCACCCGUCGCGGACGACAACAACCGGGCUUCGCAUGCGAGGAGUGUCGCCGUCGCAAGGCCCGCUGUGACCGCGUCCGUCCGAAAUGCGGAUUCUGCACGGAGAACGAGUUGCAAUGCGUCUUCGUCGACAAGAGACAGCAGAGGGGCCCGGUCAAGGGGCAGAUCAACUCGAUGCAGUCGCAGCUGGCAACGCUUCGGUGGCAGCUGGAUCGGUAUCUGAGGCAACGGCCAGACCAUCCCAUAGCCAUGACCGUCGAGUCGGAUGAGCCGCCGACGGAUAUCCAGACGAUGCUGGACGACUUUGAUGUGCAGGUUGCGGCGUUGAAUCAGGAUGGCGCAAUGGCUACUACCACGGCUCUUAUGCCGGCAACCACCACAACCUCAAAUGACGCUCCUGCUGGUCUGUCAUGGCCGGACGCCACUUGGUUGGACUGCCAGUGGCAGGAAAUCAGCACCAGCUUGAUCCCACCAGACCUAACGGCUGUCUCCACGACCACUGCGUUGACCGACCCGCUGAGCCUGGAUAUUCUCAAUGAAAGCCCUCCCCCUCCUACCACAGCCGACUCGAGUUCUUCGAGAGUGAAGAUGACCGAUCUCAUCCGGGCGGAACUGGACCAACUCUACUUUGACCGCGUCCACGCCUUCUGUCCCAUCAUCCACCGUCGACGAUACUUUACUCUCGUCGCACAAACCAGUACCCCCGCGCAGGUCUGCCUGCAGUCUGCGAUGCGGACUCUCGCAGCAGCCAUGUCUUCUCAUUACCAGCUCGGCGAGCAGCUCUACUCGGAGACCAGAGUCUUGCUAGAAACACACAGCCAGACGCCGGCUACCCCUCGAGAUAAGAUCCCCCUCGAGCACAUCCAGGCCUGGCUGCUGCUGAGCCACUACGAAUUACUCCGAAUGGGGGUCCAUCAGGCCAUGCUUACGGCCGGUCGGGCCUUCCGUCUUGUGCAGAUGGCACGAUUGUCCGAGCUCGACGCCAGUGCUGAUCUGCAGCUCUCCCCGGUUUCUCCGUCGCCUUCUUUGUCACUAUCGCUGUCGUCUGGUGUGGAAUCUUCCGAGAGCUUUGUCGAUGCCGAAGAAGGGCGACGGACGUUUUGGCUUGCGUUUUGCUUUGAUCGCCUUCUUUGCUUGCAGAAUGAAUGGCCUUUGACUUUACAAGAAGAAAUGAUCUCGACUCGUCUCCCAUGCCCCGAACACAACUAUCAAAACAACCUCCCCAUCCGCACUCCCUUUCUCCCCGAAGCGAUGGCCCAGACUGGCCAGAACACCCUCUCCCCCUUCUCCGAAUGUAUUAUUAUGGCGACUCUCCACGGCCGGUGCAUGACCCACCGCCGCUUCUACGCAAACCCGAACAACACCAAUGCCUCUGAUUUUGAGUCCGGACCUACAAAACGCGACUUCUGCAUCCGCCAGAACUGGCUUUCCAAUGCCGUUGACCGACGGGUGCAGACGUUAUCGCAGAUGCCUUCACCGACCGUGGACAGUGAUCCGAUGCUCCUGUUUACGCACAUGCUGGGUUACCGCGCGACCGUCCAUAUCAGCAACACAAUGCAGCAAGUCUCGUGGCGGACUUCCUCAGUCGACCAGCAGCUCCUAGGCCCUGGGACACCGGUCUCAGUCUCAGCUGUCGCAUACCAACAACGCGCCGCGCAUGCCGCGGGGGAAAUUGUCCGGCUGGCAAAGGCCGUGCCGGCGCUGAGUCCGUUCAAGGCGCACCCUUUUUUACCGGAUGCCCUGGCAUGCGCGGCUACGUUUCUUUCGAUUCAUGGCUCGGGGUCUGCCGGCGAGGCAGUGCAGCACGUGCUGCGCGUACUGGGGGAGUUGCAGGAUACGCACAGCCUGGCUAGGGACUACUUGCAGGGGUUGCAGACGCCGGGCGAAGGCAAUAGACAGGAUACAUGGUUUCUCCAAUAG